UUUCCGUUUUCGUUGCAACUGUGCGUGCAGGGACAGCCCAGCAGUUUCUGGACAGAGAGAUGUGUCCACGCCUUCUUCAUCCCAUCAGUCCCGUGUCCUCAUUCACUCCGGCACACAUUAACUGCUAACAAGGAUUUUCCAUGGCGACGAUAUCUCCCUCCACACACCUCGCCAUUGUUCUUUUUGUGCUGCCUCAUUUCCUGAGCAUAUCCCUCGCCAAUCAAGAACACCUGCUGAUUGACACAAAGCAAGGGAAAGUUCAGGGAAAGCUGCUCUCAGUGCUAGGUGGGGAUGUUAGAGCAUUUCUGGGAAUUCCUUAUGGAAAACCACCUGUGGGGAAACUGAGAUUCAGAGCUCCAGAGCCAGUGGAAAGAUGGGAAAGGGUGAAGGAUGCCACCGAACUCCCAAAUUCCUGCUACCAGUUACCUGAUACUACAUUUCCAGGAUUUCAAGGAAUUGAAAUGUGGAACCCUAACACUCCUAUCAGUGAGGACUGUCUCUACCUUAACGUCUGGUCCCCAAGUUUCAACAAAACUCAGUCCAAGCCCUCUCCACUGGCUCCAGUCCUGGUCUGGAUCUAUGGAGGCGGGUUUUGUUCAGGAACUUCCUCUCUGGAUAUUUAUAACGGUCACUUUCUGACUAAAUCCGAGGAUGUUGUUGUGGUUUCCAUGAAUUACAGACUUGGAGCGUUCGGUUUCCUGUCGAUUCCUGACAACAAGAACACCCAAAGCAAUGUAGGCCUGCUGGAUCAGCGCAUGGCCCUCAACUGGGUAGCCAACAACAUAGCUGCUUUUGGGGGCGAUUCUUCAAAGGUGACUCUGUUUGGGGAAAGUGCUGGGUCAGUAUCUGUUGGCUUACACCUGCUCUCCCCGGGAAGCCAGAGUCUCUUUCAUAGGGCUGUGAUGCAGAGUGGCACUCCCAAUGCACCCUGGGCAAUGAUCAGCAAGGAGGAGGCCUGGAGCAGGUCCAUGAAGCUAGCUACAUUACUGGGGUGCCCCACGUCUCCUCCGGCUGAUAUGGAAGCUUGUUUGCAGAAAGUCGAUCCUCACCAAAUCUCAUUGAAUCAAUUUGACGUUCUCGUACAACCUUCAUUCAUAGGCUUACCCUUUGUCCCUCAUGUUGAUGGGGACUUCCUGCCAGAUAAAAUUGAAGUUUUGCUUCGCACCGGCAAACUCCCAAAGAAAGAAGUGCUGUUUGGUAUAAACAAAGACGAAGGGACCUACUUCCUAGUUUUUGGAUUGCCCGGAUUUAGCAACACCGGUGAGAGUCUCCUCACCAGGAAUGAGUACCUGAAAGGAGUGGAAAUUGUAAUGGCGAAUGCAAGCAACGUCACUAGAGAUGCGGCCAUUUUCCAGUACACUGAGUGGACAGACGAGAACAGCGGGAUGAAAAAUCGUGACUUGCUGGGAAGUCUGGCUGGAGACAGAAUGCUUGUUUGUCCUCUGCUAGAGUUUGCUCACAGCUACUCAAAGCGUGGUGGUAAGUCUUUCCUCUAUUCAUUUGACCACCGGUCAUCUGUUAAUCCCUGGCCAAAAUGGAUGGGCGUGAUGCACGGCUAUGAGAUAGAGUUUGUCUUCGGUAUGCCUCUGAUUGCAUCCCUGGGGUACACGAAGAACGAAGUGAACAUGACCAAGAAGUUUAUGAAACACUGGGCCAACUUUGCCCGGCUAGGGAAUCCAGGCCUUGAUGGAGCUAACUGGCCCGUUUUCACCCCUGAAAAGCAGGAGUACGUCACACUGAACUACAACCAUCCAGAUAAGAGGAAUAUGAUGUCAGCUAAAGAAUGCCACCUCUGGAACAAACUAAUACCAAAAGUUCAAGGAGUGUCAGAUGAACUGCUGACUUGUGUUAAAGCGAAUGGGAUGAAUCUCUACUGUAACUACACCUUCCUGCUCAUUGCUCUGGUUAUAACUCUAAUCUAUAGAUAGAGAGGUGAUGAAGCCUAAUUAUUUACAGCCAUAUGCAACAGUUACGUAUAAGAUACAGUGGUUUGGUCUUUGCUUUCAUAUAAGGCAUUUUGUUUGUUUAAAAAAAUACUGUUUUAGUUCAACAAAUGCUGCUGUUUCUGAUUUGUUUUUAACCUGCAGAAAAUACAUCAUACGCUUGUUUGUUUUUUGUCUACAAAAACACAGAUCACAUCCAUUCAAAGACAAUCAGGGUUUCUGUGGAUUUGUGUUGUCCAUUAUGUUUGUCUGUAAGGACCGUUUAAAGGUCUCAUACCACGCUAUAGUUCAACAAUAUAUUGUAGGGUAAUAUAUAUACAAAACUUGUCUGUGAAGUGUUUUGCUCAAAAUACCAAACAGAUCCCCCAUUGUAGCAUGACUCAUCCCCCUGCAGCUCCUUCAUUAAUGCUAUCCAUCUAUCUGGCAGUACAUGCUGAAAAUUAGGAAAGGAGCUAGAAAUGAAACUCAUGCUAGAUUUUAAACUCAUGCUCCGUUUAAGUGGGCUGAAUAAUAUGUGAUACCGGUAACAUGACGUCGCUGUGUGUUAUUAACAACAUGUUAGUGGAGCCUCUGCACGGCCCUGUGACCUGCUGUACAUGAACGAGUCUCUAUGGCAACGUUAGCUCACCUUGUCAUUGGUGUAUUAACGGGGAUUUGGCUGACAAGCUUUCUAAAAGCUGACGAUUCCACUGCUGACGGAGGCUGCAUGUCUUCAACACUCUGCUAGAGUCUCAACUUCUCGGGGUUCAAGCAGCAGACCCAGAGAAAGUUACCUUCUGUUGCUUCGGCCUGCGCGCGCUCCUGUCUUUUCCUUUCUCUGAGCCUGCAGCUCUGCAUUGUGUCUGCAAUCUGUUCCUGCAGCCCUCUUAACCAAUAGUAAACAGGCUUACUGAGUUACGAUUCUACCUGCACAAUUAUUUCUCUGGUGUCGGAAUGUCUCGCGAUGUUUGUGAAUUCUUAGAAACAAAACACCACAUCAUUUCGGGUUGUGUUGUAGCUGGGUUACUGAGAAUUGUAACGGGUAUUAUAUUACCCAGAAUUCAGAAGUAAUGCAUUAUAUUACUGCGUUACAGCUAAAAGUAAUACAUUACUGUAACUCCAUUACUUUAGUAACGCGUUACACCCAACACUGCCGGGGACACAUUUGUCAGUAUAAAGGACAUCAAAAAGUGCAUUUUGCAUAAUAGGAGAACUUUUAGGACAAAUCAAUAAAGUUAUUUUUGCAUGCUAUGUUGAGUGAUUUGUAAUUGUUCUGUACGACACAUAUGGUCUUCUUUAAACACACACUGAAAAACAAACACCUAUCCCUACUUUGUUGAAGUUCUACACCGGCAUUUUAUCUUCUGUUUCUAUGUGUCUAGUUUAUUUGAAUGUGCUUAAAGAGCAGAUUGUACACCUUUACUUUCCUCAUUUUAUUUUACUAGACCUUUUCUGAGUAGUACUUACAUAAAAGUGUAUAAGAUAAAAGUGAGCGAACAAACUACACCACAGUGCAUUAUCACCAGCCAAUCAUCAUGGCAUUAAAGGGGCCCUAUUCUGCUCUUUUUCAGGUUCAUAUUUGUAUUUUGUGCCUCUCCUGUGCUGCAGCACCUCUUUUCACCCUCUGUCUGAAACCAGAGCACAGUCUACUCUGAUUGGCCGGCCUCUUAGAGAUGUCCCCCUUAGCCUAUCACGUAUAAUGUUUUGGAGUGCUAGCCAAUAGAAGCGUGGGUGUUACAUAGUGAUGUCUAAACAAAGGCAUUUUCGACAGGAGGUGGAGGGGGCCUUUGUAGUCCAUUUACAUGCACACAAACCUGGGUAAAACACACAGGAAAUGGUCAACUCAUGAUAGGACCUUUUUAAGCAACAAUUGUGAAACACAAGUCAUCUGUAAUGUCGAUGCUAAAGAAUCUCAGAGCCUCCUUUAUUACUUGCUGAAUGUUGUGUAUUGUUGUCAUCCUAAGUGUUCCACAGUUUAGCAUACUGUGUUAUUGUUCCUCAUGCUGUCAUUGAAGACAGUAAUGUGAUCAUAAACAGUGUCGCUGAGCAAAAGGUCAGAGUGUUGAUACAAAAAGCUAAUGAGAUGUUGGAGAGAAAUUAUCCGCUUUUGUUUGGGUGACCUUGAACGCUGUGCAUGAAAAAGUAAUUACAUCUUUUGAACAUCUGGUGUGUAGCGUUUAAUUGGGGGUAUUUUGUUUUUGUAUGACUUACAUGUUAUUUUGUCUCUACUAUUACGAGAAACAAUGUGCUUUCCCUGCCAAAAGGAACCUGUACUUGUUGAAUGCCAAGCAAUUUGUUUUUGUCAUAA